AUGCAGUCCGGUGAGAUAGUCUAUCUUCGUUAUCAUGGAGAUCCCGGGGUGAUCCACACCCGUCUGUUGGUGGACCAAGUGCAGGGUGAUGAGUGGGUGAUCGUCACCCCUGAUCACGACAUAUAUGUGGAAGAGCCUGCCCGGCACAACCCCGACAUUCAAUACAUGUGGCACUCUCCGGAUGGCACGCUCGCUCGUGGAGUUCCAGCCAACCAGGUUUACGGGUUUGCACCAAUGACGGCGGCCCAGUAUGCAGCAGUGAUGCGAGCUGGGCGGUUAGAGUUUGAUGCGGAGAUGACCAGACGCGGGCUUGGAGCGGCUGCGGUCGCCGCAGGAGCCCCUGGCGCUGGAGGUGUGCCGGUCGGAGCCGGUGCAGGUGCUAUGGUGGCAGCUCCCGCAGCUGCUCCAGCAGCCGUGGUUCAGCCCGUUGCCGCGCCCGUGGCACAGCCCUCGAAUGCUGCCAUCGCAAAUGCUGGAAUAGGCGCGAGCGACCUCACAGGGAGAGGCCUAGUGUGGGUGGCAGCAGAAGGGACAGCGGCAACAGUGUUUGGCGAGGUGAUUGCAGGCAUAGUGGCACCAGCCGUCGAGGGAGCCAAGCUAGUCCACCGAAUGCCCGAUGGCAGUGAUCUCUUCUGCAUGUGCAUCAGCGAGGCCUCCCGCCUGGCUUUCAACAGUCGGCCGGCCGCAUGUGAUGGUCGUAUCCUGGCCCGAGGCUUCAACACCGUGGGGCAGCCAGAGCGACCGCUUUCGGAGGUGGCGGCUGCUUCGAGGGAAGUUGAGAUGUUGGAGGCCCGCGAACGGGUAGAUGCUUGCAACUGCUACGGGGUGGAGCUCAUGUUCAGGCGGGUCCAGACAAUCGAGUACGCUCACUCAGAGAGGGCCCGGGGGAUCGAAUCGAAGACGGCCGGGACCUUGAUGAUCGCGCCAUCCUUGCUGGAGCAUGUGAAGCAGGAGGUGGAGCUCUCGAAGAACCUCAGGAAAGCCCGCGAGGAGCGGGACCUGGCGGCUAUGAGAACUCCCUUUUUAUCUGGCGACGCACGUCGCGUCCCCAGAGACAUUUUUCCUUUGCCGGUGCCGGCAGCUUCGUUCGACGGCGGCUUUGACGGUUCAAGGCGUGUCAAGCGCCGCCUGGAGCGGAGGUGGCACCAGGAGAGUAUGGUUACUGAUUGUGUUCGGGGGCUCAAUGCUUUGUAUAGUGGGGAGAAGUUUGGAAAAGCGAAGUCGCCGACCCAGGCUCCUUCACGGGCGCAGCUGGCUGCCUUGGAACACAUUCGAAAUUCGGUGCAUCUUUUGGGGGCUCCCGAUCAGGAGCUCAGUGGUCGAGAGGCGCUUCGGCAGCUUCACGGGUACGGGGAGGACCAAGCCCCGCCACUCGUCGCCUCGUACGAGCCCAGCCUUCUGAGCCUGCCGACCGGUGAGGUGCCACCUGUGCCUCUCCAUUCGCUUCUCGGAGGCGAUGGGAUGAACAUCGUUGAGGACUUCAUCUCAACUCGGCUUUUGCAGAAGAAUGAGGCCCUGCACAAUUUGCGGAGGACUGGGGUGGUGAAGUGCUACUCGGACCCCCGACUUUUGGAGGCCCGGGUGUAUCGUGAUUUUGUUCGGCGGCUUUGGGAUGGUGGCCUCGUCGAGUUCACCGUUGAGGAGCCCGUGGAGAAGGUCGAGGCUUUCUUUGUGCGGAAGAAGGACGGUCGGCUUCGGAUGGUGGUGGAUUGUCGGCGGUCGAAUGCCUGGUUUGCCCCUCCUGACAACCUGAACUUGGCGACGGCCGAGGUUCUCAGCCGCAUCGACUUGGGUGGCACGGACCGCGACCUCUACAUUUCCACUGCCGACCUGAAGGACGCCUUCUACCACUUCGAGCUCCCUUCUCAGCUUCGGCCUUAUUUCGGUAUGCGGCCCCUAUCUGAGGGCGACCUCAGCAUCAACGCUUUGGGCGGUAAGACUUUGAGAGCGUCCUCCUUAAUUUUCCCGCGCCUGAAGGUGUUGCCGAUGGGUUGGACGCACGCCUUGUGGUGGUGCCAAAACAUCCAUCAGCGGGUCGUGGCGAAUGUUGGGGCCACAGCCGAAAAGUGCCUCGAGGAUCGCGCCUCGGUACCGUCUCCGGAGUGCAUGCACUUAGAAUAUGUCGACAAUUUCGUGUGCAUUGGCACGGCCAAAGAUCAAGUCGAGGCACUUGCGGCAGCAGGGGUGCAAGCCUUGAGGGACAAAGGUUUGGUGGUGCAUGAGGUUGAGAGCGGCGAGGGGAACAUCAAGGUUUUGGGAUGGUGUUUUCAAGGAAAGAAGCUCCGGCCCUUGUCCCACCGGGUGUGGCGCCUCAUUGCUGCUAUCCGGUUUUUGCUGGACCGUGGCACUUGCAGUGGCAAACAGCUCGAAAAGGUGCUCGGGCACGCAACCUUUAUUGCCCUAGGUCGCCGUGAAGCUUUAUCCGUAUUUGGUGAGUCGUAUACUUUUGUUCGUACCCACUAUGAGCAGAAUCAUCGUUUUUGGCCUAGCGUGAGAAGAGAAUUGCUGAUCUGGACCUCAAUCGCGCCUUUGCUUUGGAGAGAUUUCUGGAUUCCCUGGUCAUCGGAGGUCUCUGCGGUCGAUGCCAACGUGGGGCUUGGGUGCCGUAGCGACCGACUUUUUUACGUUGCGGAGGUUCGCCAAUUAGGAAAGUAUUCGGAACGAUGGAGGUUUGAGAUCCCCGAGUACCGCUGUCCCCGUGCAAGUGCUUUUGGUGCUGCCGCUAUCGAUGACGAUUCUGAUGAGGCUCGCAGCCUACAGUGGGCCCACAUCGGAGACGGCAAUGCCAAGGCGCGGCCCGUACCCCUGUCGGUCGUUGAGGGCAAGUUGCUUUCUGAUAGAUUCGUGCCGGUUGCGCCCGGCCAAGUUGAUCGUAAAUGGCGUGUAGUGGGGCGAUAUAAGUGGAAGCGACAAGAGGGCAUGCCGGUUCUAGAGGGGAGGGCAUCUUUGUUUGCUGUGAAACGACUGCUGCGCAAUGUGACUUCCUUUCACAAGCGGCAUCUCAUCCUGUCCGAUUCUACCGCGGCCAUCUGCGCUCUUGAUCGAGGCCGGGGGCGCUCUUUCGGAAUGCGCCGGGUGACUCAACAGCUAGCCUGCCUGUGCUUGUGCUCGGGCAUCAGUGUCCAGUUCAGGUUCAUCCCCUCGGAGUGGCGCGGACGGGCCAUCACGUGGCUCUUUGCCCGGGCCAAAGUGAGGCAGGAGUUCGGGACGCUGGCGGAGGCGUCGGUAAGCCGGGGUUGCAGGGAGCGGUACAGCAAACUGUGGAGGCGGAUGUGCACGGCGGCAGGGCUGAGCGUGACCGAGAAGUACUCAGCCAGCGACCUUGUUUUUGCGGCGAGCCAGGUCUUGGAGGACUUGUUCGACGAGGGCGAGGAGUUGAGCCAGGGCCAGUACCUCAUUGCCGCGAUUCAGUUCUACCAGCCCCACCUUCGAGGCAGCAGAGGCGGGUUGGACCUGGCGAAGCAAACUCUUGCAGGGUGGCGUCGACUGGACCCGCCAAAGUCGAGGCUUCCGCUACCUUGGGAAGUCGCGUGCUUGAUGGCUAUGGAGGCCGUCACCCGCAACAUGAUCGAAGUGGCCCUUUAUAUAUUGCUCGCCUUUGUGACCUACCUGAGACCGGGAGAAGUGGCCAGACUGUUGGUGGGCGGUCUGGUGCCGCCGAUUGGGGUCGUCACUGCGUGGUCGCUAAUCCUUCACCCGCUGGAGCAGGGGACGCCGUCCAAGACAGGGGAGUUCGACGAGACUGUCUUGUUCGACCUCUCAGAGAUUGUGUGGAUCGCCGAGCAGACUUUCCGGCUGCUCAAGGUGGGCCAUCGAGGCACUUCGGAGCCAUUGUUUUCAGUGGAUCUGGAGACGGUGCGGAGCUUCAUGCAAAGUGUGGGGAGCCGAUACGGCAUGGAAGCAGCGGUGGGCGACCCCCACCCAUACCGUCUUCGCCAUGGAGGUCCGAGCCGCGACAUUCUGUUGGGACUUCGGAACUUGCAGGAAGUACAAAAGCGCGGGCGCUGGCGCAGCUUCAGCAGUGUGCGCCGUUACGAGAAAGGGGGGGCGCGUCACCCAGCAGAUGCAGGUCUCGUCAUGCUGUGGGACCUUCGUCUUGAGGAGCAAUACGAUCUUCGGCAUUCCUCCCGACGUGCUCUGAUCUGUGGCUGGAUCAAGGCCGGGCGUAUCUCUGGGGUCCACCUUGGCACUCCGUGUGAAAAGGCUUCACCCGGGCCCGCGACAUCCUGCCUGGCCCUCGACCUCUUCGAAGCGAUGUGCCCUUCCGACCAAAUCAAAGUGGAGCUGGGUAAUUUGUGGAUGCGCUUCUCUGUCAAGGUAGUGCUCUUGUGCUGGCGCUUGCGGCUUUGCGCCAGUCUGAAGAACCCGCUAACCUCGCGCUUGUGGCUCUGCCCGCCAGUGCAACAUUUGCUUCGCCGGCCACACGUUGGCCGCUGGACAACUCACUACUGUGCAUGGGGCAAGCCCUUCAAGAAACCUACAGCUUUCCUUGGCGUACACAUCGACCUGAGCGUGCUCGAGCUCCACAAAUGUCGGGGCAAGCGCAUCUGUGAUUUCACUCAGCAGCCGCAUGUACCACUACAGGGACGCACUGCAGCAGGGCAAUGGCGCACCAAGUGGGCCGAGCCUUAUCCCUCUCGUUUGUGCAAUGUCAUUGCCAAGGCAUUUUACAAUGCGGAAGUUGCAGUCCUAGCGCGAAGAUUUGAGCAAUGCUAUGCUCGGUCAUGA